GUGAUCACUAAAGCGUGAUACAUUUCGAUGAGUCCUGGUUAACGCAUUUAUUUCAAUAUUCUUAAACGUACGAAACCCUAUCGAGUUUAUAUUUGUGUUAUAUCAUUCUGUUAUCUUCUCCACAAUUAAUAUUAUGGACACUGUUAAUCACGGAUCUGCCAAGGAUUGCUUCACAGGAUAUGGGAGAUAUUGGUGAAGUUUUACGUGAUGUAUCAGAUUUAUCACCUGAGGAUUUAAAAAAACAAAACAGAAACUUACAAAAAUUUUUGGUGAAAGUGAUUGAUUUACUAAAAGAAAAGACCGACCGGUGCAUUACACAAGAAAAACAUAUCGAAGCACUUGCAUUACAAACGAACUCAUUGAAAGAGGUUGUAGAAAUUACCAAACAUAUGUUGGCUAUUCGUAGCUCAGAAGUAAAACGUAUGACGGAAGAUUUAGAAAGUUUACAAGGCAAAAUUAACGAAGAAAAAAUCCGUCAUAGUGCGAUAAUCGAAAAAAUGAAUUUAGCUGCCAAAUUAAAUGAUGAACUUAGAUCCGAGUAUAAACAACAAUCAGAACGUUUUGAAAAUAUGCGUAUUAAGUACGACGAAAAGUUUUCAAUACUAUCAGAAGAAAAUAAAAAACUGCAAGAAACUGUCAAAACAAAUAAAGACGAAUAAAGAAAUUGUAUAAUUAUUCUGAUUUUAAAAAUUGUGCGUGUAAUCACGAUUAUCCUGAGUUUGUACAUUAUAUUUAUGCUGUAUAAAAGGAUAAUAAUCAAAUUAAUUUGUUGAUAUACGAAAUACAUACAGGUA